UCUGAGGAUCACAGGCUGACUGAAGAGCACAAAGGUUGGGAUGGAAGCCUUGCUCUCAGGCUCCCUCUGACUGUCUCUCUCUCUCUCUCUCUCUCUCUCUCUCUCUCUCUCUCUCUCCUCUCUCUCUCUCUCUCCCCCCCCUUCCUCGCUCUCCCUUUCCCUCUCCCUCUCUCCUUUUUCCUCUCUGCCAUAACAGCUGAAACCUACCUGAUAAUCUCUCUGCCUUUGAAUCUAGCAGCUCUGGAAACAAAUGCAUUUUAUUGCUCUUAGAAGUGAAUAGAGUUUGAUUAAAACAAGCUGUGAGCUGCUUUACUCCAAGAAUCCAGACACCAUUGCUUUUUAAUCUUCCAGAGGAGCUUUUUCUUUCUUGCCUGAAAUUUCUUGCCUGAAAUCUUGCCUCCUUGGUGAAAGGGAGUUUUUGGCUUGUUUUUCAUUGGAAUGUUGAAAACUUUCAUUGAUGCCUGAAAUGGAACCCAAUUUUUAAAUAUGGGCUGAGUCUAAAGGAAACAUCCCUGACGUUUUCUGCAGGAUUGACCAGAGAAAUAUCUAGAGAGAAAUUUGGUAGGAGAGAUGACAUCUGUUUGCAGCAGCCAUGCUUUCUUUUGAGAAAAUCAUCAGACUCACUAAGAAAGGAAAGUAAAUAUUGGUAAAGGACCAUGUCUUUCAGUAACUUAUUAACAAAUGGCUCUAGCCUGCGGAAAGAAAAUCAAAAUUCUACGGACCUCUCCAAUUCGCCAGGAACUCUGAAUAUCUAUCUUUUUUGCUUGACAUGUUUGAUGACUCUUGCAGCUCUGACAGGCAGCAUUUUUUCACUACUUUCCCUGCUGAAAAUGCAGAACAAAACUGUCGUGUCCAUGCUUGUGGCUUCCUGGUCUGUGGAUGAUCUCGUGAGCGUCCUGUCUGUGACUAUCUUCAUGUUUUUGCAGUGGCCAAAGGAGGUCCCUGGCUACUUCCAGUCUCUGUGCACAACCUCUGCCUUACUGUACUUAUUCCAAGGCCUCUCGAGCAACUUGAAGGCGACUCUGCUAGUCUCCUAUAACUUUUACACGAUGCACACGGCUGUGGGGCGUCAGGCAGCGUCCAAAAGCUCCGGUCAGGUUCUCGGAGCGGCGCUGACGGUGUGGGCGGCCACGGCCAGCCUGGGGCUCUCCGCGCUCCCGCUUUGCGGCUGGGGCGCCUUCGUGCGCACGCCCUGGGGCUGUCUGGCCGACUGCUCCAGCUCCUACGUGCUGCUCCUCUUCGCCGUGUACGCUUCGGCCUUCGGACUCCUCGCUGGCCUCUCGGUCCCGCUCACUCAACAGUUGCUGUGCUCCGAGGAGCCGCGAAGACUCCACGCCUACUACCAGGAGGUUUCCCGCAGAGCCUCCACUCCCGUGGCCGUGGGCCGUGGGUUUGGACCCGAGCCUCCGGCCGCCGCCGGGACCCGAGCCUGCAGGCCUGGACACCCGGGAUCUCUGCACGCCCUUGAUGGUAAAAGUGCAGUUGCUCCUAACGCGAGGGUGUGCCGUGGGUUUGGACCCGAGCCUCCGGCCGCCGCCGGGACCCGAGCCUGCAGGCCUGGACACCCGGGAUCUCUGCACGGCCCCAGGGGCUUCACCAGAAGCACAGCGCAGAAGCGCUUCGCCUUGAUCCUGGCGCUGACAAAAGUCAUUCUUUGGCAGCCCUUGAUGAUCCACAUGGUGGUCAAGCACGUGGCUGGGGUUCAGUGCCUGCCCUUUGAGACGCUCGGCUUUCUCCUAACCCUGCUGGCCUCCACCGUGACCCCGGUGUUCGUCCUGUCUAAACGCUGGACUCACUUGCCCUGUGGCUGCAUCAUCAACUGCAGGCAGGACGCUUACCCAGUGGCAUCUGGGGGGAAAAAAACCAAUAGGAAAGGCUUUGAAUUCAAUCUAUCAUUCCAACAAAGUUACGGAAUUUAUAAAAUAGCACAUGAAGAUUACUAUGAUGAUGAUGAAAAUUCCAUAUCCUAUCACAACCUGAUGAAUUAUGAGUGUGAAACUACGAAAGAUUCCCAGAAAGACAACUGUGAUAUCUUCAAUGCCAUAAAAGUAGAAAUCAGCACCAUACCCACUGUGGACAGCUCCACACUAAAAGGCAUUAACAAAUGCACAAAUACUGAUGUUACAGAGGCUAAAGAAGAUUCUGACAAAGAAAAGUGUGCAUUUUCAGACAAAGCAAGAAGCAGUACUACUUAUGAAGAAACCACCUUUUAUGAAGGUCCAGAAAGAAGGCUAUCUCAUGAAGAGAAUCAGAAACCAGACCUUUCAGAUUGGGAAUGGUGCAGGAGUAAAUCAGAAAGAACCUCUCGUCAGCGUUCCAGCGGUGGGCUCGCCAUUCCCUUGUGUGCAUUCCAAGGGACUGUGUCUCUCCAUGCACCAACAGGGAAAACCCUUUCUCUUUCUACCUAUGAAGUAAGUGCAGAGGGUCAAAAAAUAACCCCAGCCUCUAAGAAAAUAGAAGUCUAUCGAUCUAAAAGUGUUGGCCAUGAACCAAACCCAGAGGAUUCUCCCUCAACAAUUGCAGAUACUAGUGUGAAGAUACACUUGGAAGUUCUUGAAAUUUGUGAUAAUGAAGAAGCCUUGGACACUGUGUCAAUUAUUAGCAACAUCAGCCAGUCUUCUACCCAAGUCAGAUCUCCCUCGCUACGUUAUUCACGGAAAGAAAAUAGAUUCGUUUCUUGUGAUUUAGGGGAAACAGCCUCCUAUUCUCUCUUUUUACCCACAAGUAAUCCUGAUGGUGACAUCAACAUCUCCAUUCCAGACACUGUUGAGGCACACAGACAGAACAGUAAGAGGCAACAUCAAGAGAGGGAUGGCUACCAGGAAGAAAUCCAGUUGUUAAAUAAAGCUUACAGGAAACAAGAAGAAGAAGAAAGCAAGGGCAAUUAGCGAUCAGUGGGUCUACUAGAAGCAAAAACGGCUCUGCAACUUCAAAGUGCAAAACAACUUUCUUUCCAGAAUUAUUUCCUUUUAUUUCUUAGUUUACAUAAGCUUUACUAACUUACUAGUUAAUUGUUUUUAGUGUGAAGAGCUGGAAUUACUGUAGACACUAAGUGCAUUUAUAUGUGCUGCCUAAAGAUCACACACUGUGGUAAUUAAAAUAUUUUAUGUCUUAUUCGAUUUCUACAAAGUCUUUUCUAAAUAAUACAUUUGCCUAGUUUACUGUCUCUGCCUGUGUUUGUCAAAUGAAUAUACUGUUUCCAUCAUGUUUCUACACUUAAUAUUUGCUUUUAUUGCAAGGGAAAAAGGAAAUAUUUUGGUAAUGAAAGAAGUGCAGCAAAACUCCUAAGUUGUAUUUGAAGGGGCUUGUCUAAAUGUUGCUAGCAAAAUAAGCUUAUUCCGGUUACUGCUUCAGCUUUACACUGGUGUUGAAAAAUAUUUUUGUGUAAAAUGGAAAAUUAGAUACUAACUUGGAAAUAUGCAUGCCUCUAAUGUAUAAAUAGUUGUUUAGUUGUUCCUUAAUUUCUGUAAAGUACAAAUAGUUUAAUGGGUGGUUCUUUUUUUUGUUUUGUUUUCUUUCUCUAAAAUGUUCCUUUCAUCUUUUCAGUAUGUAAAGAAGGGCUUUAAAAGAAAUAUGUUGUAUGUUACAGAUGAAGUUAGAAGUAGUCUUUAACUCAAACAUUAUUGGAAAGUUUCUGUUAGCUUUCACUCACUAUAACAAAUAGCUGAGGUCAUCAGAUUGUAGAGAGAAAAAGUUUAUUUAGCUCAGUGUCAGUUUCCAGUCCACGAUUGAUUGGCCCUAUUGACUCUGGGGCUGUGGAAGGCAGCACAUUACAAUGGGAGCUCAUGGUGGAGCAAAACCAUCGAGCUCAUGGUGAUCCAGGUAGCAAAAGAGGAGAGGUAGAAGGGACCAAAGUCCCACAGUCCUCUUUGAGGAUAUGUGCCCAAAGACCUAAAAACCUCCACCAAGCCCCACUUUCUAAAGACUUCAUGUUCCCCCCAACAGACUUUCCUGACCACCAAACCUCCAUCAAUCAAGUCUUUGAGAUCCAAUCUACAGCAGUGUCUUAAUUUAUACUUGCUCCUAGAAUUGUUAUGUUUAUCUGAAUGGAAACUGAAGGAAAAUUACAUCCUGAGAAGUGGAUCCAACUAUAGUAACAAGCUUCUGGAUAAAGCAGAGGAGAAUCCUCUAAUUUUAAAAAUGUGUUGGUUCUUAAAGCUGAAGAUUGGAAAACUUUUCUUAGCUAUUCUUGAAGUGUACAAAAUUUUCCUUCAAAUAUUAAGCUUGUUUUUUUCCCCAAAACAUGUUAUCUCAUGUGAAUGAUUCAAUGUGUAUUAUGUUAAAUGAUUGGAAGGUAUACAUUUCAAGAUUAGUUUUAAAAUAUAUUACAUUGCAAAAAUAUAAAAAUCAUCUUGUCAAAAUAUUAGGAAUGUAUGACAAAACUUAUGAAGUGAUUUUUCUUCAAAUUGCUUUAUUUUAAUCUUUCCAUAAACAUAUAUUAAAUGCAUUAAAUGUCUAUUUUCCAAAAUUAUCUAACUGAUGUUUUAUAUGAUUUUAGACUUUGUGUCCCCAUACCUCACAGAAACUUAUUUAUAGAUUGAGAGAACUGUUUUUUAUAGUCACUGAUUUUGGUUUCUACUUCCUAUAUUUAAUACAAAAUUCUAAAUUACUUCACAUGAGCUUUCAGGGUGUUUCACCUUUACAGAGUUUUUUUUGCCACGAAAGAAAUUUAUUUUCAAAAUUAAAUUUCAACUAACUUUCAAUUCUCAUGUAAUAUCUCAUUAUCUAAAUGUUGCAAGCAAAUAUAAUGCCAGUAGUCAUGUUUACGAAGCAAGUCCCAAAUAAUACAUAGCAUAUUGAUACAAAUUCAAAUAUACUCACUCUAAAUAUAUUUUAUUUUUAAAUGCUUUGUAUCAUCAAAAUCAGUGACUAUUUUAAAACAAUGACAAGUAGAUAAAUCAGCCUGAUGUUAUAAAUCAUUAAUACUGAAUGUCUCCACAAAAGAAAAACUAAAUUGAAUAUUCUAAUAAUGCUUUGUAAAGGACAGACUUUGAUAUAUUUAGAUGUAUAAUUUUCUGAAAAAAAGGUAUUAUUGCUAUUUUAGAAUGCAAAUUUUGGUAACAAAUUAGAAUCAUAAUACAACUAAAGAAAAUACUAAAGAUUUGAAUGUAAACAAAUCUUUUUUUUUUUUUCUUUUUUUUGGUAUCU